CGCCUCCCCAGCCGCGGAGGACACACUGCCUCUGCAUCUCAGGAUGCUGGGAUGUGGAUGAACGGGGGAGCAGCGCGUGUUCCUCUUCAGCCAAGGAACCCCCGCGGGUCGGGCCGUCGCCCACAUAGAACUUUAAAUUAACUGUUGUUCUCAAAAUCUAUCUAGUGUUGUUGUUUGUUGGCCCUUUGAGGCACCAGUUUUUGUUUUCCAUCUGAGCGUCGGAGCCGUAAAGAAAAAAGCACCACCAUGCCUGGAUUUCCACCAGCCCUCGGCAUGCUCCGUGACAAGGCGUCCGCCCUGUUCAAACCAAACCAGCAAUAUGAGGAGUUUGAAAUGCCCGACCAGCAGCAGUACUCCCAAAUGCCGUCGGACGUGCCACCCAACCUCCGCAGCGUGCCGCCCCCAAACCUGGGCUACAACAAGGCUGAAGAGGCGACGUUCGGGCCCGGGGGCGACUUGCCAGGAACCCCCAACUCAGCCCCCGAAAUAGAGAGACCACCGCUGAGGCACAUCGACAAGUACAUCCGGCCCGAGUGCCCUUGCCUCAGCAAACGAUACACCGUGGCUGUGCUCACCUGCGUCGGAUUCAUCAUUUCGUUUGGAAUGCGCUGCAACAUGGGAAUGGCCAAACUUCAGUUCGAACACAGAGAAAAAAGCAACUCUUCUGAUGGAGUUGCGCCCAUCAAAUGGUCUGUGGGGGUGGAGAGCGCGGUGGAUUCUUCCUUUUUCUGGGGAUACCUCGUCACCCAGGUCCCAGGAGGUUUCUUAGCUUCAAAAUAUCCUGCAAACAGAAUUUUUGGCACAGCAAUAGCAUGUUCUUCCUUCCUCAACCUGCUGGUUCCAGGGGCCACAAUGCUGCACCCGACCUUCUUAAUCAUGGUCAGAAUUCUACAGGGACUUGUGGAGGGCGUGACAUAUCCAGCAUGCCACGGUAUUUGGAGGUUUUGGGCGCCUCCCUUGGAGCGCUCCAGACUCGCAACCCUCGCCUUUUGUGGUUCUUACGCAGGUGUAGUCUUGGGCAUGCCUUUGUCAGGACUCCUCACCGGCUUCAUUGGCUGGCAGGCGCCUUUCUACUUUUACGGUGUAUGUGGUUUAAUCUGGUUUGUGGUGUGGUUGUGGCUGACCUUUGAAAAACCACGUUACCACCCAAGCAUAUCGGCCGGCGAGCUCUUGUACAUUGAGCAGUCGAUAGGUGAGACAACCAACGUGGCGAUGCCCACCAUCAAGACCACCCCGUGGAGAGCCUUCCUCACCUCAAUGCCCGUCCACGCCAUCAUCGUUGCCAACAUCUGUCGCUCGUGGAACUUCUACUUCCUCGUCCUCUUCCAGGCUGCCUACCUGCAGACCUUCCACCUCAAAAUCGCCGAGACUGGUUUUGUAGGCGCUUUGCCUCACCUGCUGAUGGCCAUCAUCGUGCCCGGCGGAGGACUGCUGGCCGAUCACGUGCGGAAAAAGGGCAUUCUCACGACGACCAAUGUGCGCAAACUCUUCAACUGCGGCGGCUUUGGCAUGGAAGCCCUCUUCUUUCUGGUCGUGGCGUACGCCAACAGUGCCGCCGCCGCCACUGCCGGCCUCACCUUCGGAGUCGCAUUCAGUGGAUUUGCAAUAUCAGGGUAUAACGUUAACCACUUGGACAUCGCGCCACGCUACGCUUCCAUCCUGAUGGGCAUGUCCAAUGGCAUCGGCACAAUCGCUGGCCUCAUUUGUCCGAUCGUGAUUGACCACAUCACCAGCGACCACAGCCGCGAGAGCUGGAAGACGGCGUUCAUCCUGGCCGCGUGCGUCCACUUUUUCGGCGUCACCUUCUACGCCAUCUUCGCCUCCGGAGAGCUGCAGUCGUGGGCUGAACCGACCGCCGCCGAAAUCGCCAGCUGGGGGCCUCCGGACGACCCCAACGCGCAGAAGAAACUGGCCAUCACCCCCGCGGCGCCGCCACCCAGACCGGCACCUCCGCCCCAGCAUCCUCCGGCGGUCAGCACCAACCCCUUCCUCAGCUACGGUGACCCUGCUCCAAGCUAUGGUGCUUUGGAAUCGGCGCAGAUCAACAGCGACUGGGGAAACAGCAGCUACGGUUCAAUGGGCGAUUCGGGGUCCAUGCCCCCAAUUCCCUAUUCGAACCACGUCGAAUCAGUCCAACCCGAGUCCAGAGACUAUUACCAACAGCCGGGAGCCGAGGAAUGGCCCAUCAACCAGCAUUAACUUGUUGGAUAACUUUUCCAAUUUGAAUACAUCUGAUUGGAUGAUUCUCACGUCAAAAGUCAACAGAACAAAACUUAAAUAUACACUCUUGUUGUCGAGAUAUUUGUAUCGGUUCACACGCGCAGGCGACUUGUUUGUUGGUCGAAAUUUUGUUUUGAGGUGUUGUCAAUUAGGUGGUUUCUAAAGGGUGCGAGUCCACGUUAAUAAUGUUGCAAGUGAGAAAUAAUUAAUUGAUGUUGACCAACUCAGUUCCGAUGGCAAAAUUUAUGCAAAUAAGAAAUUCCAGAAGCCUAAUAAUUCUGUCAACCCAAUGACAAUACUGGCGAACAAUAAUAAUUUUAAUUUUGUUUCUAUACAUCACUCUUUUUGAGGUUUCCAGAUAUAAAUGAGAGAUAUAUAUUAUAUUAGAGUCUAUAUAAGAAUCGUUGUGAUUGUAGUUAAAUGUUAUUCUCUGGGUACAAGUGCGCAUCUGACUGAAUUGGAUAUGAAAGAGGGCAGAAUUUUUCGGUGAUUAUUUCCAAAUUGAACAUAAGAGAGGCUGCCCUGCAUUUGUGUGCGCGAAUGAAAAUAAACGUAUGUUUUACUCUCUCAAAUAAAAGCCCUGCGACGGCGACUAAGUAAGAGUAAAUAAAAAAACCGCUUAAUUUGAGGUAUGACAAUGAUUUCCCGAGAUUCCCCAACCUGCACUUCGGAGGAGACUCGCUUUCCGCCGGUGUUGUCAGAGUUGGAGUUAAGCUACUGUGUGAUAUUGUUUAUUUCCCCGGACAACUAAAACUACUUUUUCAAUAAAACUCGAAAGAAACUUAUAUAAACAUAUACGAAGCUAUGAAAAGAAAUUGUUAGCUAGGUGGUAAAAAGAGCAACAAGACAAAAUAUAACCACGAUUUAAAAGAAAUACCACGACGUAUAUUUAAGAGGUGUGUUGUUAAAUGUGUUGAAAAUUUUCAAUGAUUAACGUAGGUCGAUAAUUAAGACAAUAUUGCUGUGCUGCAAACAAUAAUGCAUUGUACAUAAAAAAGAAAAUCUCAUUAGCUGCCAUUAGUCGGAGAGUAAAGAUGGUCUUAUAAAAAGAAACAAACUUUCAUCCUUCCGGCACCGACUUGGAAAAAGCCGCCGGUCGAGUGUAAAAGUAGAAUAUUUGUAUGCAUGAAAAAAAUUAACAUUAAUAAUUCACAAUUCUCACGCAUGGAUUUUUUGGUGUAUGCAAAUAAAAGGAGGGUUCAAACUGUGGGAGUGAAUCUUUUUUAAUUUUUCAGAGUGAUUUAAGUAAUUUUUUAGUCUUUUUGUGCUUGGACACUUAAAGCUGCUCUUCUUAACUUUAAGGAAAGUACUAAAAAAUUUGAGAAUUGCUUGCGAUUCUCAUGGCUGUGGCGACAAUAAUUAACGGCCGCCCCGAUGCAAUAACGGGGUCGGUCGUUUAGCUUUUAGGGACACAUAAAGGAGUCGAAGUGAGCGUGCGAACUCCUUUAAGUCAAUAAAAAAAGAGGUAGGGUCGGGGUGCUUGGAAAAAUAAGUAUAAAAGUGUGCAAGAGGAAAAUUUGGGAAGCAGGCGACAUCUCUGGAAAAGUGUUGCAGCAUUUCAAAGGGGUUGAGGUGCAAAUUUUUGGAAUAAAAUAGUAAACGCCCACCCCUGCUUUAGAGCGGAAAAUCACAGUGGAUCAAAAUCUUUCAAUUGCAUAGCUGCGCAAAAGGGAAACGAAACCCGCUCAGCUGUAAAAUUCAUAUUAUUACUAUUUAAAAAGUUUUUUUUUUUAUUCUUUCCUCUGUCUAGAUUGAAUCCCUCUUGCAAAUCACAAAUUGAAAUUAAAAAUCAAUCCGUGAAUGAUUUUGUUUAGCAUAAAAUCAAGGAAGCUCAUUUUCAAGGAAAUUUUAGCUUUUUUUCAUUUCUAUUUAAAAAUUACAUUGGAAAAAUAAUUGAGGAAGUGGAAAUAAAAAAAAAUCUACUGAUGAGCGGGUUGCGUUAUUGAAUAGGAUAUUAAGUUUAAACGUUUUUCAACUUUUAGUUUCUCUUAGGCCUGUCUAGAGUUUUUUUAUUUUCAUUUGCAACUGUGAUAAAUGUGCAUGAUUUCAAUCUCUGAUUAUGUGUGUGUAGAAUUCUCAAGCCCAGAAAUUAAAAUUGCGUUAUAUUUUUUGGGACAAAUAUAAAGUCAGUAGGCGAGCGCUUAAAAACAUAAAAAAAUAUUAAAAGCGGACUCUCUCACUCACGCGUUCUAGCGCAGAACAAACUCAAAUUUAACUCCCAAAAAUUUUAUCUGGAAUGUCAAUUAAAAUUGUGGUUUGCCUGAAGAAAAUUUCGUUUGAAAAAAAAAAUAUAAUAAAGCAGCGUUGUAGCGCACAAUAAUAAUUAUGUAAAUGAGUGGAGUUGAGGGAAAGCUUUUCUGUAAGGAAUAAAAAAAAUCUCGCCAGCAAUAACGAGAAUUGCGUUAGUUCGCGCGAAUUCCGGUGCUCCUGCUCAGAGGAGAAUUAUUAUCGAUGUCGAAGAGGGCUAAUUUAUUCAAGCGUAAAUUGCCCAGAGUCACAAAACCUAAAGUAUUCAUAGAAUUAAAGAGCAAAAUAAAGAUAAUUAAUGUCAGCCUUGUUGCAAUUACGCAAGGCUUGCGACGAACUACAAAACUAAAAAAUUAUGAAAAUUAAAAUAUAAUAAUACCACCCCAUUUGUAAAUUUACCACCACCCCUUCAUUGCUUUUGUGUAUAAGACGAUGUGUCUAUAUUGUUGAAUCCUCACAAGUCCAUAUCUGUAAAGGUACACUUAAGUGAAUGUUGAUUAACCCUUAAAGUCGACCUCCCUCCACCUCGUAGCCAAUCGAAUGUUGAGCCCGCAAUAGAAUUGACAUAAUCUGCUGUCGGCCAACAUUGUAUCUUAGAUGUUCAUCCUUUUACUUUAUUAUUUCGCUUUCCUCUUCAUCAUAACCGCGACUUUCAUUGGUAAAUAAUCAUUCACCAUAAUAAUUAUUGAAGAAAAACUCCGUAGAUGUGUAAAAUGUAAGGGAUUCAUCAGCAAAAUGUAGAAAAAUACGCAUUUUAAAAUGUUAAAAAUUGGAGCAGCAUAAAAAAGAAAACUAAGAUUUCAGUUAAAUUUCUUUAAACAUUGAUUUUUUUGAUUAAAAAUAUUACUUGUAAUUGAUUGCAAAAGUAAUACCAAUGUGCUCAUUGUAGAAAAAAAUUGCAUAAUGGCAGAAAGAGACGAAUACUCAUAUCCAGAAUUAUAAUGAGAAAAGAUGUUACAUAAGUGGUUCAAUUAUACUGCUAACUACCAUAAAAAAAUAUGUAAUCUAAUCAUCCAGGUUCAUUACCCUGUCCUGUAUGUGUGUACCAUGAAACAAAAUUAAUAAGAAGUAAAACCCAAAUUAAAAUAAAGACAAAGGAAAAAAAUCUCAAAAAUGCAUGCCACUUUGUUCUGAUAUAUACGAUUAAAAUGAAAUACAACAAUGUUUAAUCCUCUAUCAUAAUGAGGUCUGCUCUGUGUAAAAGUUCAAUUAAAAACGAAUUUUGUUGGCAAAAA